AUGGCUUCCAAUCGUCCAGGUAAAUGCUGCUUCUCAGGUUUCUAUCAUGAAGGAACCCCUAAAGGAAUUCACGAAAGCAUAUAUGGUGUGGAUACCUACGUUACCGGUUCUGCCUCUCCAAAGGAAAAAGUCAUCGUUAUUCUAACUGACGUGUAUGGUAACCGUUUCAACAAUGUUAAUUUGAUUGCUGACCAAUUGGCUGAUGCCGGCUAUAAAGUUUACAUCCCAGAUAUUCUCUUCAAUGACCCGGUGGUGGCCUUAGAUGGUUCGGUCGAUUUCAAUGAGUGGUUGGCCAAGCACGAUGCUGUUAAGACUCGUGCAGUAGUAGAUAAUUUCUUGAAAGAAUUGAAACGAGAAUUUGGUCCUAAAUUUAUUGGUGUCAUUGGUUAUUGUUUUGGUGCCAAAUUUGCUGUUCAACAAAUUAGCAGCAAAGAUGGGUUGGCUAACUGUUGUGCCAUUGCUCAUCCCUCUUUUGUUUCAAUUGAUGAAAUUAAAGCCAUUGGUAACAAGAAACCUUUAUUGAUAUCAGCCGCUGAAAACGAUACUAUAUUCCCUGCCGAUUUGAGACACACCACUGAAGACACCUUGAGGGAAAUCGGUGCCAGAUAUCAACUUGACUUGUUUAGUGGUGUUUCUCAUGGAUUUGCAGCCAGAGGUGACGUCUCCGAUCCAGUAGUUAAAUACGCCAAGGAGAAGGCUUUACGUGACCAAAUAUUUUGGUUUGAUCAUUUUUCUACAUGA